AUGAGCAUGAGAAGUCCUACAAUUACACAACAUCCCCAACCAUUAAGGGCAAGUCCCGUAUCAAAUGAGGAUGAUGAAGUUCAAAUCCGUUUGGACGAUAGCCGAUAUCAUAUUGUCGCUGUUAUUGGAGAAUUGAUCGGGACGACACUUUUUCUUUUCUUUGGCUAUGCAGGUAUUGAGGUUACGAGACUUCAAGGUCGUGAGCCACCAGAUCUCGAGGUCUUGUUCUAUAUAUCAGCAACUUUUGGAGCCAGUCUUAUGGUUACCGCUUGGAUAUUUUUUCGCAUUAGUGGAGGAUUGUUUAAUCCAGCCGUAACAUUGGCACUUGCCUUACUAAAAGCCGUGUCACCAGUUCGUGCUGUUCUUCUUGUCAUCACACAACUUGGCGCUUCAUGUUUAGCAGCUAUUCUCGUAAAAGAGAUUUUCCCGAAUCAACUUGGCGUCGGCACCUCACUUGGGAGCGGCACUUCAACGGCUCAAGGGUUCGUUAUCGAGGCUAUUACUACAGCAGCUUUGAUCUUCACUAUCAUAAUGUUAGCAGUGGAGAAACACAAAGCUACAUUUGUAGCACCCAUUGGUAUUGGAUUGGCUCUAUUUGUUGCUCAUAUGGUGGCUGUUCCUUUUACUGGAGCAUCCUUGAAUCCAGCUCGUAGUUUUGGUCCAUCAGCGAUUGUUUGGAACUUUCCACGAGAACAUUGGAUAUAUUGGGUUGGACCACUUUUGGGAGCCGGGUUGGCAGUUCUCUUCUUCAGAUUAAUUAAGUUGCUGGAAUAUGAAAUGGCCAAUCCGGGACAGGAUGGAGAUCCUGAAAACGAUCCAACACAGAAUCCUGAACAUGAUGUUGCACAGCAUGCCAAUGAGAGAGAGGAAGAAGUGCUUGGAUUAAGUAAUGGAAAGUCGUGGUAUAGGGAUGAGUCUACUAGUGGAUCGAUGAGAAGGAAAGGUUCCGUCAACAGUUUCAUAGGAAAUAGGAGAUCGAUGGAUCGAAUGGGUGAAAUGUGGGGGAGAUUAGAUGAUGUGGAAGCUCAAUGGCGAAGACAACAAUAUGGUAAUUUUAUAUAA